AUGUGGAUGUUCAGAAUGAAAUCCGACAACACCGUUAUCACAGCCUUGGCGCGCAGUGCUGCCUGGGAAGCUGCUCAAAGCACGCUGCUGGCAGUGUGCUAUCAGCACUUGCAGCCAGACAUCAUCACCUACAAUGCAGCGAUCAAUGCAUGUGAGGAAGAUGGCUGCUGGCAGCCCGCCAUGCUCUUCUUGUCAGAGCUUGCCAACAAGGCUGUUGCUGCCAGCGUGUUCACGGAGAAUUCAGCAAUCAGUGUGUUGGAGAAGGCCGGCCUGUGGCGCCCUGCGCUGCAGUUGCUAGAAGGGCUGAUCUGGAGAAAGGUCACGGACAUCGUGAGCUACAGCGCCAGCGCGGCCGCCCUGGCUAAAGAUGGUCAGUGGCAGAGAGCUCUUCAUUUGCUACGCCAGUUGCAGGCCAUCAGUGCUUGUGAGAAGCGCAAGCAGCUUCCCAUGGCUUUGAAACUUCUGAAGGAGUUGAAGACGCAAAACCUGCGAGCCGAUGUGGUGAGCUACGGGGCCGUGAUCAGCGCCUCUGAGAAGGCCGGGCAGUGGCAGGUGGCCUUGCAGGUCUUGGAAGAGAUGGACCAGUGUCGCGUGCAGCAGAACAGCAUCACCUUCAGCGCAGCCAUUAGCGCCUGCGAAGCGAGAGGCAUCUGGACGCAUGCGCUGCACCUGCUGAAAGAACUUGCAGGAGCCCAGCUUCCACCCAGCGUCAUCGCAGUGAGCGCUGCGAUCAGCGCGUGCGAGAAGGGCGACCAAUGGGAGAGCGCCCUGUUUCUGUUGGCAGAGAUGCAGCUGCAACGUUUGCCGCGCAACAUAGUGGCCUUCAACGCAGCCAUCAGCGCCUCUGAGAAGUGCUGCAGGUGGCAACAGGCGAUCGCCUUGCUGCUGCAACUGGGUGCAGCGCGUCUCUCCGGCACCACCGUGACGUAUACGGCAUUGUUGAGCGCUUGCCUUGCAGGGCAGCAAUGGGCUCAAGGCCUUGCGCUGUUGAAGAACUGCCAAGAGGAGACAGUGCAAGGCAAUGUCCUGACGUAUGCGACCCUUUGCAGCUUGACGGAGCUGGCCAUGGAGAGUGGCAAGGUGGAACUUCCCAGGAUGUUGGCUGCGGUGGAAGGGAAGGCUUUAGAGACGUGUGUUGCCCUUGCCGACCUGCACUGGGAUGAAGUGGUUGUAGCGGAGUGUUUGGCCCAUUUUGUGUUGGCUUCUGCGAACUGGGCCAUAGCGUUGGAGCCUUCUGCCGAUCCUCGGAGCAGCACUUUGAUCCGUGAGCUGGGGCGGAGAAAACAGUGGCAGCAUGCAUUGCUUCAGCUGAAAUCGCUCCACCGUUUGUCGCUGGAACGGAAUGAAUAUCUCUACAGUGCCGCCAUCUCUGCUUGCGAGAAGAGUGAGAAAUGGAACUUUGCAGUGGCUUUGUUGGAAGCGCUUCCGAAAGUUGAUGUGAUCAGCUCCAACGCCUCCAUCAGCGCCUGCGAAAAGGCUCAACGCUGGCGUGAGGCAGCGGAAAUCUUCGCGGCUGCCAGCGCUGGAGGAGGGCGUUGUAGUUUCAUCAGCUUCAACGCAUGCAUCAGCGCCUGUGGCAAUGGCAAGAUGUGGCGCAAGUCUCACCAUGUCCUAUCCGAGCUCUUCUUUCAUGGCCUGAAGAGCACUGUCGUCAGCUUCAACGCCGCGCUGGCGCCGCUAAGCUGGCGCCGCAGCGUGGCGCUGCUGCGGGACCUCACGCGGCGCGCGCUGCGCAGGACGCAGGUCACGUUGAACACGGCGCUGUCCACGGCGCGGUGGCAAGAUGUUCUUGCGCUGUUGGAGAGCAGAGACGAGAUGCAGCCGGAUGUGAUCACCUUCAAUGCAUCUCUGAGUGCCAGCGAAAAGGGCCAGCAAUGGAAGAUGGCGCUGCAGUUGCUGGAUGAGAUCCACCUGGCAGGUAGCCAAAGGAAUGUGAUCACCUACAAUGCAGCUAUCAGUGCCGCAGAGAAGGCCCAGGACUGGCCCACGGCUCUGGCCUUGCUCGAGGAAGUGAACGCCUUGCGCUGGGCGGAUCUGAUCAGUUACAAUGCGGUCAUCAGCGCCUGUGAGAGACCGGGAGAAUGGCGCCUGGCCCUGGCGUUACUUCAUGACUUGCAGGACAAACAGCACAGAUGUAGCAUCAUCACCUACAGCGCCUGCAUGAGCGUUUGUGAAAAGGCGCAGCAAUGGCAGCAUGCGAUGACUUUGCUGCGGGAGCUACGUUGGGACAUUCCGCGCCGGCAGCGGAACGUCAUCGCCUACAAUGCUGCCAUCACGGCGUGCUCAGCGGCUACUCGAUGGGAGCAUGUUUGGAGGAUUUUUCAGGAGCUGGAAGCAGAUGACUUCAAUGGCACUGCCAUCACCUUGAGCUGUGUGAUGGACGCAGUGGAAGCCUCCGGUGGUACCUUGGGAGCCGGUGCUCGAGCCCCAGAGCUGCUGAGCGCGCUGCAAUGGCAGGGCCUGCGGCGAAUUUCGCAGGAAGCCGGGGGCAGGGAAGCCAGACCUGCCAUAAAGGCGGCGACCCAAGAGAUCGAUGCCUAUGGCAAGAAGUGGCAAUGGCAGAACGCUCUGUCCCUUUUAGCAGAUCUCCCUGCUCAACGACUGCAAGCAACUAUCGUCAGCUACGGUGCCGGCUUGAACGCCUGCGAACGUGCAGAGCAGUGGACACAGGUGGACAGCCUGGCCUGUGGCGCCGCCAUCAGUUGCUGCGGCAAGGCCUUGCAGUGGCCACACGCGCUGCGGCUGCUGGAGGACUUGGUCCUGGCACAGGUCGAAGUGAACGUGAGCGCCUGCAAUGCAGCCAUCACUGGCUGUGAGAAGAGCCGUUUGUGGCAAAAGGCUCUGCACCUCUUCAUUCAGAUCUAUCAGAUGAAACUGGAGCCGAACGUGAUCAGCUUCAGCGCCCUGAUUAGCGCCUGUGAGAAGGGAGAGCAGUGGCAACGGGCCUUGCUUCUACUGGAGCAGAUGGAAGAACAGCAGGUCGAACGCAACGUGGUGACCCUGGCAGCGGCUAUGAGCGCGUGCGAGGGUGCGGGGCGAUGGCAGCAGGUCUUGGCUUUAUUUGAAGAGAUGGACGCGAGACAGCUGCUGCCGAACAUUGUGACCCAUAAUGUGCUGAUCAGUGCGCGGGUCAGCAGCAGCCAUUGGGAAGAGGCACUUGCACUCUUUGAGAGCCUCCCAAAGCAGAGGCUGGAGAGGAACGUGAUCAGCUAUGGAGCGGCAAUGUCUGCAUGCGAAAGAGCCGAAGAAUGGCAGCUGGCUCUGAGUUUGUUGGAUGAGCUUCACACUUCCAAACUCCGAGGCAACUUGGUCACGUAUAACACAUGCAUCAGCGCCUGUGAGAAAGCAGGGGAAUGGGAAGCGGCUCUUGGAUUGUUUCAAGAGAUCUUGGAACAUUUGCAGGCAGACGUGAUCAGCUAUAGCUCAGCGACAAGUGCCUGCGAAAAGGCCUCGCAAUGGGAAAGAGCUGUGGAACUCUUCAGACACCUUCGCCUUUACUCGCUGCAAGAGAACGUGAUCACAUGCAACGCUGUGAUCAGCGCCUGUGGAAAGGCCGGGCGUUGGCAGAUGGCCUGGGAAGUGCUGCAAGACAUGAAGCGCGAGCGGCUUCGUGCGACCGUGGUGACUUUCUGUGCAGCCAUCAGUGCAUGUGAGAAAGGUGGACAAUGGCAGCAGUCCCUGGAGAUUUUUGGGGAACUGCAAUGUGAAGCCUUGCAGCAGGGUUCGCGCCUGGUGGCCUCCAAUGCGUUGCUCUCGAGCGCCAGGCGCUCGUGGCGGAGGGCCUUGGAAGUGCUGGAAGGACUUCAAUUCGAGGCCAACGUGAUCAGCUAUAGUGCCUUCAUCUGCUGUCAGCCACCGUGGCCCAUGGCCCUGCGAUGCCUACGGAGCUGCCAGGAGCAGAAGUUGCAAGUGACCCUGGAAGUCUACAACGCAGCCCUUGCUUUGGAGAGUGGUACCGUUCAGUUCUUGGAUGCCUUGCAGGAGCAGCGUUUGAAACCUGAUCUGCUGAGCACGUGUUGCGCGGUGGGACAAGGCCUGGAUGGCAAGUUGGAUCAGUUGAGGAUGCAAACAUUGCUUUUGCUGAGGUCGCAGCGACCGACUUGACAUCGAAGAUCGCCAUGGGAAAGGCGAAAAAACAAGUUGUGAUCCAAGGUGGUGCCCCCAAUCGUCAGC